AUGGACCCUAACAAUAGUGAUAACAACCAAUCUAAUAACCCUACCACUGAUUCAAAAUCCAUCGACACUAGUUUCAAUUUAACUAUACCUCCUCCGCCUUUCCCUAAUAAUGAGAUUAGAGCAAAUACUAAGAAUACUACUACUAGUAAUAAUGUAAAUACGAAUAAUGCCAAUACACAAACAAUAAAUGUGGUUCCUUUAAAGCAUGAAGAUAUUAAUACAUCUAAAAACUUUAUACCGAAUAUGGUCGAAAAUACAAACUCUUUAGUAUUAAAUACACCAAACCAUCUGGAUACAUCCGUUGCAGAAGCCUUAAAUUUUGCACAGCAGUCGUUACCUACAACCCAGAUACCACCACCUUCGAAUAUAAAUUCUUCUAAUAGUAUAACAUUAGCAUCAACUACAAAUAAUACUGCUACUAAUACUAAUGCUAAUACUCCUAACACUUCUUUAACUGCUUCCAAAAAAAUAAAAUCUCACCAUAUAUCCAUACCUACAAAGGAUGGAUCCACAAGUCAUACAAUCACUACUUUCUCAUCAAAUAAACCAUCAUCCAAUGAAUUUGUUAGGAAACUCUUUCUUAUCUUAGAGAAUAAUGCAUACCCGGAAAUCGUACGUUGGACAGAUGAUGGCGACAGUUUUGUGGUUAUAGAUACAGGAAAAUUCACAUCACAGAUCUUGCCCAACCAUUUUAAACAUUCAAAUUUUGCAAGCUUUGUCAGACAAUUGAAUAAAUACGAUUUCCAUAAAGUUAAAAGGAAACAAGAUGAAAAAUCUAAAUACGGUGAUUUGAGUUGGGAAUUUAAACACCCCUUAUUUAGAAUACAUUAUGAGAAAGGUCUUGAUAAUAUAAAGAGAAAAAUAACUGUACCUAAAAAGGAUGCUAAUAGCAAUACAAGUAAAGGCAACUCCAGUAAUAACAACAAUAGUUAUGACGGCAAUUCAACAAAUUACAACAACAUAAAUAAUAUGAAUAAUUCAAAUGGUCACAUCAUUUUAACUGAAAAACAAAGAGAAAGUUUAUUACAAAAUACAGUUAGUAAAGAUACAUUUCAGACUUUGAGAAAUAAAGUAACACGAUUAGAAAAUGAAUUAAAAAGAUCGAAUGAUGAGGCAAACAAUUUGAAAAAUGAAAUCGAUAGAAUGACAACACGAUACACAACACUUCUAGAGAGUUUGAUAGCGUUUAAAACUGUUCAUGAAAGUUUAACUUCCAAUUUCAACACCGUCUGUUCUAUCUUAGUUAAUAAUGGUAUCAAUGUACCACAGCAUCUCUAUAAUAACAUCACAAUGAAUCAAAAAUUACCAACAUAUAGCCAACCAAGUAAAGAGACUUUAAAAAACCAAGGUUCAACGAAAUCUUCCACAUCACCAGUUCAAGCUAGAAACCAACAAACUAUCUUAAAUAAUAUUGACAAUCAAGUACAGUUAAUGAAUAACUCUACAAAUAACAUAUUGAUAUCAGUGACUCCCAACAAUAAACAGAACUUACAGAUUUCUGAAAAUGCUCAAAUAAUAAAUUCCAAUAGCAAUGAAUCAAUAAAUUCAUUAAAUAUGAACAGUAAUGUAAAUAAUAAAAAUAAUAAUCAUAGCAUUAUUAAUCCACAUAAUGGUAGUAAAUUAAAUACCACAAAUGAUGUUGGUAAUACCAAUGAUAACAACACUAAUAACACCAACAACAACAAUAAUAAUAAUAUUCCAGUAAACACUAAUGAGGUUACUCUGAGAAAGGGUUUUCAUGUUUUAUUAGUAGAAGAUGAUGCAGUGUCUAUACAGUUAUGUUCCAAAUUUUUAAGAAAGUACGGUUGUACCGUUGAAGUGGUCACUGAUGGGCUCUCAGCAAUCUCCACUUUAGAGAAAUUUAGGUAUGAUCUAGUUUUAAUGGAUAUUGUCAUGCCUAAUUUAGAUGGUGCCACAGCUACUUCUAUAGUGAGAAGUUUUGAUAAUCAAACUCCAAUCAUUGCAAUGACCGGUAAUAUUGAAGAUCAAGAUCUGCUAACUUAUCUACAACAUGGUAUGAACGAUAUACUAGCAAAACCUUUCACAAGAAAUGAUCUACAUUCGAUGCUUAUUCGAUAUUUAAAGGAUAGAAUCCCACUAUGUGAGCAAAAAAUGAAUUCACCAGUGAACAACCAAUUAUCAGCAAAUAUGUUACGGCAAAAUCAACGUACACACAAUAGUCCUCAGUUACAACAAAAUAAUUCCAUUACCCCCACCCUAUCGACUUCUAUGAUGUCACAACCUCAACAGUUAAACAGCUUUCCAAUUCCACAAUCACUACAGCCUCAUAUAUCUAUGGAGUCUUCAAACACAUCUCAUGUUCUAAGUAAUGAUAGUUCAAAAAAUAUUAACAGACGUCCUACUACUUUUGAUACUGAUGAACGAUUACCAAAGAAACCACGUGUAUGA